AUGUUUUCCUCGUACGGAAUAUGCAAGGUCCCUGCAUGUGCAGUCUGAUUGUUGUAGGCGAAGUUAUCAAGAUAGGAAGAAUCGAAAGUUCUUUGAUGUUUGGAAUUUCAGGAUUGGUUGAAUGAACUUCACAUUCUUGAGCAUAUUAGAAGACUUGCAGGGAUAAAAGUGUUCUUGGACGACUGCCUCCUGCAAUUGAAAAACUGACUCCAGUAUGACAUAAUUAUUGUCCAAUUUAAUAUUGCAAGCUGGUUUAUCUUCAGAGGCACCUAUUUUACAUAUCAUACAUGUGGUUGUGAACUGUAGCUCAUAUUGAACAAGAUCUCAGUGACUAUAUUACAGGAGAAAAUGAGUACAUAGUACACCGCUUAUUUUGCACCAAAGUGUGGAACGGAGUGGGUAGGGGCACACCAUGUUUCGGACUAAAGUCCGUAUCCAUACUUGCAAAGUGAUAUUGCUCACGUCACUGGUGUGGUUCCUAGUGGAUGUAGUUGUGUUGACAUUCUACUCGGAUUGCGUUGGGGGAUCCGGCUGGGGUUGCAGUGGUAACAGCGAAGCAACUCAUGUGGAACAUGUUGGCAGUUCUCAGGAAUUUCAUGCCGCGGACCACGGUCGUGGAGGAAGCAGUAAGGGACGGGGAAUUCUUUAUGAGCAGCUUCAUGAUCGAGGGAAAGCAGAAACAACAGAAAAGGGUAAAUAUCCAGUGAAGGAGCUGAAACGAUGGAAACGAGCCCCAACAGUGGUGCCACAACAUGGUCAACCUGGUGAACUUGGCAAGGCUGUUCGCAUUCCACCUGAUCAAGAAGGACUGAUGAAGGAGAAAUUUAAACUGAAUCAGUUUAAUCUUCUGGCAAGUGACAUGAUCUCCUUCAACCGGUCAUUGACAGAUGUCAGACUCAGUGGCUGCAAGUCAAAGCAGUAUCCUUCACUGCUGCCUACUACAUCUGUCGUCAUUGUAUUUCACAAUGAAGCUUGGUCCACUCUGAUGCGAACUAUAUGGAGCGCAAUCAACAGGUCACCACGUCCGUUGUUGAAGGAAAUAAUUCUCGUAGAUGAUGCUAGUGAGAGAGAACACUUAGGAAAGCAGCUUGAAGAUUAUGUGUCCACUCUGCCAGUUCCAGUUUAUGUACUGAGAACAGAGAAACGAUCUGGCUUGAUCCGAGCAAGACUGCUUGGAGCAAAGCAUGUAAAGGGGCAGGUUAUCACAUUUCUGGAUGCUCACUGUGAGUGUACAGAGGGCUGGCUGGAACCUUUGCUUGCCAGGAUAGUGGAAGAUAGGAAGACUGUGGUGUGCCCUAUUAUUGAUGUAAUAUCGGAUGAAACGUUUGAGUACAUCACAGCCUCAGACAUGACAUGGGGUGGUUUCAACUGGAAACUGAAUUUCAGGUGGUACCGAGUGCCUCAGAGAGAAAUGGAUAGAAGAGGUGGUGACCGAACUGCACCGCUCCGUACUCCUACCAUGGCUGGUGGGUUGUUCUCAAUAGACAGGGAUUAUUUCUACGAACUUGGAGCAUAUGACGAGGGAAUGGAUAUAUGGGGAGGGGAAAAUCUAGAAAUGUCAUUCAGGGUGUGGCAGUGUGGAGGCAUUUUGGAAAUAAUUCCGUGUUCACAUGUUGGUCAUGUAUUUCGUGACAAGUCCCCUUACACCUUCCCAGGAGGUGUUUCCAAAAUAGUGUUGCAAAAUGCCGCACGUGUGGCAGAAGUUUGGAUGGACGAAUGGCGAGAGUUCUAUUAUUUAAUGAAUCCAGGUGCAAAGAGUGUUGAUGUUGGAGAUGUAUCUGAGAGAAGGGAGCUGAGGAAGAGAUUAAAGUGCAAAAGCUUCAGAUGGUACCUGGAAAAUGUAUAUCCUGAGUCACAAAUGCCUUUGGAUUAUUAUUAUCUCGGUGAGGUAAGGAAUGCAGAGACACAAAACUGUCUGGAUACACUGGGAAGGAAAGGGGGAGAGAAUCUUGGUAUGAGCUACUGCCACGGACUUGGAGGGAAUCAGGUGUUUGCAUAUACAAAACGUCAGCAAAUAAUGUCUGAUGAUAAUUGCCUUGAUGCAUCAAGUCCAGAGGGACCAGUGAAACUUGUGAGAUGUCAUGGUAUGGGUGGAAAUCAGGCAUGGACUUACAAUACACAGGAUCGCACCAUCAAACAUAUUAAUACCGGUCAGUGCCUCCAGAAACCAGAUAUCCGAGACACGUCACAGCCAUUACUUAGAAGUUGUGACCACAGUCUUGGACAGCAGUGGAUCAUGAAGAGCAAAUUUGUGUGGCAGGCAAGUUAGUUGUCUUAACAUUGUCAUCGAUCAUCAGGCUGAACUUUGGUGGAAGACAGGUGUCGCCACAACAAAUCAUAAGCAUAUCACAUUUGGUUCAAGGGAGAUCUGGAUCUUCUGUCUUGAUCUUUUUUAGGGCUGUGGUAAAUUGUGCGUGUUUAUGUGGCAGCAGUGGAAAUUACUAGGAUUCAGCUUCUUUUGAGUAGGUUUGUUAUAUAUAUAUAAGUUGUUAACAAAUUGGGGACUGGGGGGGAAACUUUUUUUAUCCUGUUAAUCAUUGAAACAUUGCUUUGUAAAUCUUACUUAAUUUCAUACAUUUUUUGUUUGCUUGAAAUUAUGAACAAACAGUUUUAAAGAAAAUGUUCAUAGUUGUCUUCUGGUCUUAUACCAGUGUUUUGGACUACACAGGACAGCAGCCCAGAAGAUAGCUAUCUAAAAUCACAUUGCUAUGAAAACCUCAAAUACUACAUAAAUUUAAAAUAAAAUUGUACUUAAAGAGGCACUAUUUCUGUGCCUUGUAAAAACAAAAUUCACCAUAUAAUAUUUAUUUGGUGAUACAUACGUUUGCUUUUUAGUAUGCAAUCAUCUGAAAAUUAAUAGAGCUAAUAAUUUUAACUUAUUAACAUAUUAGGUAAGUGAACCCAGACUUGUAGUUAAAUCAACUCCCAAGUGACUGUGUAGGGAUAAAGUGAGUAUUCCUGAGCUCUGAGUGAUAUUAUGUAAGACUUAUACUUUGUCACUUGUGGUACAAAUUGAACUCAGCUGUAAUCAUUAAAGUUCACUUGAACAGUGCCACGGAAGUUGGAUGCUCUCGAUCAACAGAUGUAGUAUGGUUAGCAGUAUUUAAUAACUAUUUUUAAAGAAAACCAACUUCAUUGAAAUUGAAUUUCAUAAGAUAGUCAUGUUAAUAUAUUAAAAAAUUAUGCAAUAUGUAACAGUAGGGUGGAUUGAAGUAUAGAUAAUGGGUGCAUUAGCAGUGCUGUCUGUUCCAUAUGAUUUCUCAGUAUUUUUGUUUUGUUAUGCUGAUAUGCCCAGGGUUUAAGCAUUUACAUUGCUUCAAAUAUGGUGUGAGGUACAGUAUACACAAAACAGUUACUACAUACAUUUCUUGGCAAUACUUUUUAUAAUCUCAAAGUGCAUUUUUAUAUUAUUUUAAAAUUUUUGUGCAUUUUAUUUUUUAAAGCAGCUUAAACCCUGUGUAUUUGCAAAAACUAUAUGGCAGUAUUAUUGUAUUUGUUUUUUUUAUAAGAAUAGUUUAAUUCAACAUUCAGUUAAAUUAAAUGAAUGUGCAUUUUGGACUGAACCUGUUUCUGUACAGACCACAGCUUUCACAUUCCAGUCAGUGUUUUAAUAUGUUUUGACUGACGUGUUAGGGCCUAAUUCCAGCUUUUUUUAUGACAGAGCAUGUGUGUGUGUGUGUGUGUGUAUAUAAUGUGUUUUGUUUACUGUACAUUCCACACUUUGUUGCAUAACAUGUUAUUGAUGUUUUUUGCUUAUGAAAAAUUUAACAAAAUAUACACAGAAAUAUUGUUA